AUGGAGUACACCUCAGGCAACAGUGUUAACCAGAACAUGUGUGCCACAAUGUGCACUCCUUUACAUUUCGCUUACCCUUUGUCAUCGCCGAUUUCUUCGGAUGGUGCAAGCGGAAGCAAUUUUACACCAUCUCCACCACAGUCUUCGGUAUCUAGUCCACAGCUACAACGCUCCAGCAACUGCCAGCAAAUGCAGCAAUUUACACUCAUGCAGAUGAAUGGCCGUAAAGUGCUUGGCCCUCCAGAGGGUUGGCACGGUCCACCGCCCUCAAGUGCAUGUGAACUGUUUGUGCGUCGUAUUCCCCGAGAUCUAAAUGAACAAAAGUUAAUCCAGCCAUUUUUACGAUUCGGACGCAUAUAUGAAAUACGCUUGCCAAUGGAUUUCAAUCAGGCAAAUCGAGGUUACGCAUACGUCAAGUAUACCACUGAGGAAGAAGCAGCUUGCGCAAUGGAAGUGCUGAGCCAUUUUUAUAUAGCUCCUAAACGCAAGCUGGAAAUUCUACAUUCAUAUGAAAAAUGUUGCUUAUUCGUUAGCAACAUACCAAAACAUUUAGAUGAAAGCGAGGUUGAGGAAAAGUUGCGUGCAGUUUUUCCCACUAUGGAACGUGUAUAUUCUCGGGGGCCCGGUUUAUCUCAAAGGAGUUUUGGCCAAUGUCGCGAGAAUGAUGGGUAUGACAACGCAACUUUGAGAUUCAAUGGAUCGCACCAAGUUAUGCUUGCAGCAUCCAACGACCAAAGGAACCGUGGUCAUGUCUUCAUACACUUUCCUUCUCACUUGGAUGCAUUAGAAGCAAAGAAGAGUACAACGCCGGGAGUGAUACGGAUGUGGGAUCGUGAUUUAAAAGUUGUUUGGGCCAACACAGAACGUGACACUGACAUGUCAAAAUGCAAUAAAACACUAUUCGUUCGCAAUGUGGAUCUUUGCGUAAACAAUCGUGAUAUCAUCGACUUGCUUGUAAACUGCGUACCGCGGCAGGAGAUACGUAAAAUUACAAAAGUUAGAACAAUAGCAUUCUUUGAUUUUACUACUCGCGAGGCGGCCGAGAAAUGUUUGGAUCAGUUGCAAGGAACCAUGUUGCGUGGCCAACGGCUUGGCCUUGAAUGGGCUAAGCCAUCGGAGAAGCAAUCAUUGCAUCGCAUGUGCAGGACGGACUUCGAUGCAAUGCUUCGUCUUAAAUGCAUUGCGAACUCCUGGCAAAUUCCAGUAAUAAUCUUCGGUACGUACUACGAGCACGAGGGAUUGCAGUAUGGCGCGGUGAUGCUGCGCAAUGCCAAUAGCACGGCGCGAGCUAUUUUCUGUGCAUUGCAGACUCAUGAACUAGUCGACAUCCACUCGCGUAUUUGUGAAGUAGUAUGUGUUCUUUUGGAGACCAUAGGUACUUUUCCUGACUAUAACUACGUGUUCUUCGUUGAGAAAGACAACGCACAUCUUCUCGGAAUGGUUACACAUGAUGCACAAUCCGUUGGUUUCAUCGCCUCUUUUCAGGUGCCAAAAUAUCUAUGUUUCGAUUUAAAUGAGCUGAUCGAUCUGAGCUGGGCCGUGGCAACUUUGGCCGCUGUUAAUGAAGAUGAUCUACUUCAAGCUUAUCACGAAAGUUUUCUAGUGAAUACUACGGCCACGUAUUUACAAAAUUUAGUGGUUUCCGGCCACCGGGUUUUCGGCACAGUUAUGCCAAAGUAUCGCAAUAAGGCGCCACUAAAUCACAAUCUAAAUGAUACCCAAAUAGUACUUGCUUUGUGCUACGUUACAACCGGUACCAAUUCCGCAUUACAAACCCGUCCAUACCUCGCUUAUCCUGCAUCCAUGUUUGAUAGCGGUUACGAAGGGUUGCGUUUCGUUUCGCUAAAAUUGUUACCCAUUGCCGUCACCCAAUCACGCUUUUUGGUGCAUCACGUGCUCAACCAUGUUCAGUUCGGCAAUGUACAAUAUUUUCAUCCGGAACAACGUUUCCAAUAUCCACCUUUAUGGAUCACUGGCUGCUCUUAUACCAAAUCACUGAAGCAUCCCAAACAAGAGCGAAUAACGCAUGCUCAGCAACAUAUCACACAAAGUCAGCAACAGCACAGCUUAAUGACAAAUGGCACAUAUAUGCCUGCAACUUAUGUAAGCUCGAGCAUUAAAACCCCGAUCCACGGAGGAUCGCUGGGCGAAAAUUAG